CCUUGUAGUCCGUCAGCCGAAGAAGUAUCUCACGGAUCAGCUCUUCGGGCAAAUCCGAAAUUUGGACUCAAAGAAGAGUACGCCGACUGUCUAUUCCUGUGCCGACACUGUCGGUGCCUCUUCUGGAAGUCUUACGGCCAUCCGUGCGUAUACCAGAAUCGGGUUCAAUUGCCUACCGGUGCUAAACAACAGGCCAAUGGUGCGCAACCACCGCAACACAAUCAUCCCGUUAUUGUCCACAAUAUGCCUUUCUUUCAUCACCCGCUCGUUCAACACUACAAUCACAACAACAAUCAUAUGGACGACAGCGACGGCAACGAGCCAUUGAAGACGGUUCCCCUUCACAUACCGGUUCCUCCGCAAGCGUUUCUCAAGUUUUUCUCCCUUUGAAUCACAUCAAGAGUCUUGUAUUGAAAAACAUACACUCAUUGAGAGACAACACAACCCUUUCUUCUUCUUCUUUGUUAUUAUUAUCUCUAUUUUGUGACCACUUUUUUGUUGUGUGUAUUAUAUCUGACUUCUUAUCCGUUGAGAUUCACAACUCAAUUAUAAGUUUUUUCCUCUCGUCUUAUGUAUGAAAACUUUGUAAAACUUUUUUUCUUGUUUUUCUUUUCCGAUUUUCCAGUACUUAUGUAACAAACAGUUGACUAUUAUUUUUGAUUAUUUUUUCGACUGAUAUCUUGUUUCUCUCACUCUUUGAUCCCGUA